UCCUCACUCACUGACUCUCUCAUAAACCCAGUUUGAUCUCAAAAUGUUCUAUCCUUCACAGUCCUGUCAGGAAGUUUUCUUCUAUUUCGUGUCAGAGUCAUAACCAUUUCCAUGAUCGAAUCCCUUUUCUUCUCAAGAGUAAUCUAAGGUAUUGUUCUGUUCUAGCUAUAUAAAGUUUGUAAUUUUGUUCUGUCUUGUAACAUGGACUCUAGCAAUUAUCAUGUUGAAUGUAAAAGGGCAAGCCCUUCUUCUUCUUCAACCAUUAAUGAAGAGCUUAAAGAACAGAAAAAAAAUAGUAGUAAGGUACAAGGAAUGCCUCAAGAACCAUGCAGCUUCAAUGGUGGACAUGCAAUUGAUGGUUGUUGGGGAGUCAUUUCUUUAGAAGAAGAUGGCUCUCUUGAGGCUUUCAAGUGCUCAGCCUGCAAUUGCCACCAGAAACUUCCACAGAAGGAGAUUCAAUGCUAUUAUUCAAAUUCCUCCUCCUCCAAUACUUUCUGUUAUAGCUCUGAUCAGCAUUAUCUCACCCCAUUGCUUCCAAAUACUCCUCAGAUCACAAGCCCCAUCAUUCUGGACCAUCUUUUAUUGUCUCCCAAAAAAAGUGGGUCAAAUCUUUCUGAUCAGUCACAUGAUCGAGAUAGUAAUAGGGAUCAUGGGGAAGAAGAUCAUAGGAAUCACUAUAAAGAGGUGGGAAAACUAGGAGAUGAGAAGGUGACGAUGAAGAAGAGGUUUAGGACUAAGUUCAGCGCAGAACAGAAGGAGAAGAUGAUGAGAUUUGCAGAGAAGGUUGGGUGGAAGAUUCAGAAGCUUGAAGAAUCUGUGGUCCAGAAGUUUUGUGAAGAGAUAGGAAUCAAGAGAAGAGUCCUCAGAGUUUGGCUGCACAAUAACAAGAACACUUAUGCCAAAAACUUGCGUACCACUGGUUAAAUGUAGCAUCAGUUUCUAGCUUAAUGGAUAUGUUUCUUUGAUUGGUUU